CGCGCAACACCUCUCUCUGUCCUUGUCCAUUUUUUUACCCAGUUUCUGCACCCACCGGAGAACAAGAAUUCGAUCCCAUUCCAAUUCCACCCACUUGCGCGGCGAAUUUCACCGCCGAUUCGGCGGACAGCGAUGGCCUCUUUCGCCGACGAGAGCUUUCCGCCGCUGACGCCGAUCAAGACGGCGCCUUCUGCGCCCCCUUCGCCGUCCGCCGCUGAUGCCGCCUCGGCCGCUCCAUCCCAGGCGACGUCGACGACCACCACGCUAGAGUCGGCAGCAGAGGAGAAGACGACGAAGCCGGUGUUGGAGAAUCAGAAGGAGCCGGCGACGCCCACGUCGGAGGAGAGCAGGCUCCGGACGCCCGAGGUGUGCCCUCCGGCGCCGGUGCCUCGUCUGCCGUCCGUGAAGCGGAAGUCGCGGCCUACUUCUACGACGACGACGACAGCGGGGGCGUACUUCGUCGUCCCGCGAGACCUCUCCGCCGUGUUCCGGACCAUGCCGCCAGAGAAGCGGAUCCGGGCGUCCUGAUUAAUUCUGCUGUUGCUGCGAUCUGGCAGACUGCCACCAGCCGGCCGGAGAUCGGUUCGGUUGAUUAAUUUCUUGUAUAAUUCUUCUAGUUCCGGGUUCGUCUGUUGUAGUCCUAGAUGGCUAGAUUAGGACGCACCGAAGUUUAUGCUUUGCGAAGGUCGAUCUGUUCGAUCA